AUGCGCGGCGAACGCGCCGCUCGUGACACGCGCCACAACAAGGAUCACGAAAACUUAAAGUCGUCGCUGAAAAAGGGCAACAAACCCAAGAAAAACCGAGUCGUCUUCGAUGAGAGCGCGAAUGAGUUCUUCGAGGCGGAUUAUAUUAUUGUAGUACGAGAUGAGUGCGGCUACUCUGAUGAGGACGAGAACGAGGAAUGCUCCGGAUGCGGAGCGUGCGAGCGCUACCAGGAUCAGGAGGAAGGGGCGCUCAGCCCUCCCGAGGGGUAUAAGGACAUGGGGCUCUUCAAUCGCGACGGCACUCUUCGGGAACAGGCUUGGUGGGAAGCCGGCGACGUGUUACUAGUAGGGGAGCGCUCCGGCACGGUGUUCACGCCGCAGCACCUGCAACUGCUAAGGAGGCUUCAGCGUGAACGUAUGCUCCGUUCUGCGAUUUGUGCCGACUGCGACGCUCACGCAGCACUCCACCAGCCGCUUGGUGAGUCACCAUCCUUGCGAAGGACGCAUGCCACCUCGUCGGCCUCGGCGGAGCUGACCCAUCACAUUACUUGUUCCGCAACAAACUUUCCGCCCGCACUUGUCGCCAAAUAUUACAAAUUCUGCCGCCACAAA